AAAAAAAAACAACAAAAAAAAACCCAAAAACAAAAACAACAAAUUAUUGCCCCACAAUUUUUGCCAGAGCAAAACCAAAAAAAAAAACCAACUUGCAACAAUUUUGUUUUUGUACAACUAAAAGAAAAAAAAUCAAUUUUUUGUUUUUACAUAAUUACGCUCCUGCCCCCCGUCUCCACGUCUCGGCCAAGAUGCCCUCAUUGCUCGAGGCUUUGGAGCGCAAAUAUUUUGCGGAAUGUGAAUUCGAGAAUGCCCAUCAUCCGCCGGAAUUGCAUAAACGUUCUGAUCUGCCAAACGAUUUCACUGUAACUAAAUGCGGAUCUCGAAUGGAAUUCUCAAUAUUUAUACCACGUUUAUCCCCAUUAACCAGUGUGCCAGCUUUGUUAGUGCUCAACGAUUGUGACAUCGAUUCGGCGGGAGAUUUUGAGAGUAUACGAGAGAAAUGUCAACGGGUGAGAGAAUUGGAUUUGGCGCAAAAUAAACUAAAAGAUUGGCAAGAAGUUUUCAAUAUAUUGAAACAUAUGCCAAAAAUUGAGUUUUUGAAUUUAAGUAAAAAUCGCCUAAUGAGCUCAUUAAUGGAAAAUCCCGCACCGACAGUUAAUCUAAAGAAUUUAGUAUUAAAUGGCACAUAUUUGGAUUGGAUGUGUAUAGAUGAUCUAUUGCAGAAUUUGCCAGUAUUGCAGGAAUUGCAUUUGAGUCUAAAUAACUAUACAAAAGUCUCAAUUGACACUGGCUCGAAGGAGGAUCACGAGGAGAUUAAACUGACCAAAGCCCAUCCGGAGCUAAAAACGUUGCAUUUCACUGGCAAUCCCAUAGAGAAUUGGCAAGAGAUAUGCCGCCUGGGACGUUUAUUUCCCAAUCUCGAGGUCUUAGUCUUGGCCGAUUGUCCCAUCAAGGCACUGACUGAAACCCAGGAGAAUGGCGAACAAGAGUCUCAUCAAUAUUUUCCCAGCCUUAAACUAUUGAAUCUAAGUUCCGCACAUCUCGACAAUUGGUCAGCCAUCGAUGAAUUGACAAAAUUCCGAGAAUUGCAAAAUCUACGCGUAAAACAUUGGCCCCUCUGGGAGACAUUGGAGCUGUCGGAGCACGAGAGGCGACAAUUGUUGAUAGCACGUCUCCCGAAUGUCACCAUGUUGAAUGGCGGCGGUAAGAUCACUCAGGAUGAACGUAUCGAUGCCGAGCGUGCCUUUGUUCGUUACUAUAUGGUCAAGCCGGAGAGUGAAAGACCUUCGCCUCGGUAUGAGGAACUCUUGCAGCUUCAUGGUGAACUGGAUCCCUUGGUUAAUGUCAAUCUUAAGCCUGAUAAACGUGUCAAAGUCAUCUUUACCUAUAAUGAGCAAAGUGAGAGUCGUUUUGUUGAUGUCUAUUUGACGGUUAACGAUCUUAAAGUCAAGCUGGAGAAGCUUGUGAAUUUGGCGCCAAAUAAAAUGCGUCUCUUCUAUUUGGAUCAAGAUUACAAGGAAUUCGGGCCUGAGGAAAUGAAAUAUCCUAAUAAACAGCUCUAUAGUUAUAAUUUACAAUCGGGUGAUGAGAUUAUAAUUGAUGCCAAGAAGUGAAAUAUCCUCCCCCCCACCAACAACAACAACAACUACACCCUACCCCCUACCACCCCCCUUAGGCCUGGUGCUACAAAUUUGUGAUCUUGUAUCAUCAAAAAUGCAAAAAUAAAGCAAAAAACACAAAUUGAUGGUCGAUACAACAAAAUAUAAGAAAAAAAAAACAAACCCUAAAUAUUUUUAUUUAAUUUUUCUUAAUAUGUAAAUACAAACAAACAUAAACAAACAACAUUACAAGGCCAAGCGAGCAUUACACACUUGCAUACAACAGAUACAUACUAUACAAAUACAUAUAUAUAUAUACUUAUAUUUUAAUUACUGCCUAACCUAAGCCUCACAUAGUAAGAUGACAACAACAACAACAACAAAUUACUAAAAAUCAACAAUAAAAAAAAAAAAUGAAAAAUGCAUUGACAAAAAUUACAAUUAAAUCAUAAAA